UCUUCACAAUCUCCUAUACCUUUUACACUUUUCCUAUAUCAAUACCAUCUACACUUUAUCAGGCAAAGCUUUUUGAUAUUUUUAAACGCCUUUUAUCUAUUAGUCAAAAUGAACUUAAUGAGUACCUUGCUAUUUCACAAUUAAUAUUUUAA